CCCAUCAACGUCACUUCGAACCCAAUGGAUGUGGCGGUGUGUGCGCCACCGCGUGCCACCAUUGUCGUGCAACAACCGUCCUUGAGCUUAGACAACACCGUGGAAACGUUGCUUAUCAAGAAUGAAGGUGAUUUCAUCAGCGUCGAACAGGGCAAAGAGACCCUAACAGCAACUGGAGCAACUGGAGUAACCGCUACCGCCGGCACAAUACACACAUCAGCACACGCACGCAAGCGUAACUCACAACAAUUGCAACAUCCACCACAUCACCCAGCGGGUGCACAUCAUCAACAUCAGUCAGCUUCGCAACAACAACAGCAGCAACAACAACAACAACAACAACAGAAACGUGAUGAAAAUAUGCGGCAAUUGUUGGAUGUAACAAAUACGUUGACAUUUGAGGAGUUGCGUGAUUUUGAAAUGCG